UUAAACCAAAUAAACUUUGUGCUCUCUAGGUAGUUUAAUGUUGUGUAAAAGUUGAUAUACAUUUGUAUUUCAAUAUGUAACGUUAUUGCGUCGUAUAAAGAGGAAAAUAAGUUUCUAAAUCCUAAAAAGAUUCUUAGAUUAUAAUUGUAUUCUUUGAAAUUGGAGAUUAAGGGGUUUUUACAAUGGCUUUACAACUAUAUCCGUCAGAAAUCUUUUAUUCACAAGACAGCAUUAGCUGUCGUUUCUCUGACGGAAAUCUAAUCGGCGAGACACUUGACGAAUUAUGUGAGGGCAGGCUCAAAGUAUCUGACAUAGAUCCAAUCUCGGUGACGAAAGUAAAUGGUCAGUGGAUCACAUGGAAUAACAGAAGAUUAUGGGUAUUUCGUCACCUAGAAAGAUUCGGCAAAUGCAACAGAAUUGCAGUCAAUAAUAUGGUUUCACUGCCCAAAUAUUUCCACAUGACAUCCAAAAGUGGAGGACAAGCCGUUGAAGUGAGAGGUGAACCAGGUGGCCGAUGGCAUAAUCAGCGUUCCGCUUGUUCUAUUUGCUGAAAUCCGGAUUAAGUCUUCUUACAUUUAAGCUGCCGUAGAGACACUGACUAUAUAAUAUUAUAACUACACAUGAAAAAAAAUGAGAUUUAAAUAUUUUGUUAUGAUAUGAAAAACGCAUACCAUACGUCUAUAGAAUACUUUUAUACUGAUGCGAAUUUUAGAAUCAGUGAUUGAAAAAUUCAGAAUUUCAGGGUUAAUGAAAUGAUAAAUGCAUAUGAAUGUUAUUUCAUACUAGUAAUUAUUGGCGCCGCCGGGAACGGCGGUCUUAUAUGGAAUGUUUCAAAUGACCGGAAGUACCUUGUAGGAGCGGUUUAUUGAUGUGCUACAUGUAUAAAGAAUGAUAAUGAAAAUUGUUUUAUUCAAUGUAUCUUAUACGUUCGAAAUGUUGAUAUUCUGACACAAAAGAAAAUCUUUAAUUAAAGCAUAUUUUUUUCUCAUAAAACUAAAGAUUUGA